CGCGAGCGGCGCCGCAGGCUGGCGGCUGUGGCAGUCGGCGGAGGGAAGUGGUGCAGCAUGAUGCGGCUGUGGCGCUCGGCGCUGCUGCGGGAGCUGCUGCUGCUGGGCCCGCCGGGGGCGGCUGGCGGCGGAGGCCCGGGGCCCAGCGCUGGCCACAGGCGCCUCCCGCCGCCGCUGGCCGCCUUCGGUGUGAGCCCGCCCGCCUCCCGCCGCGGCCUAGGGCUGCCGCCUGCGGCGCGGGGUUUGUGCACUCGCUCGGAGGGAGCCUUGGAGGAGCCGGGGAAGGGGGCGCAGGCGCCGUCGCCGACCCCCGGCGAAGCCCCCGCCGACAGCGGCCACAACAAUAACCACGGCGGCGGCAAGGAGCUGGCCGGAGGCGGCGGCGGAGGAGAGAAUAAAAUGAAGCAAGGUCUCCUUCCUAGCUUAGAAGAUCUACUUUUCUAUACUAUUGCAGAAGGACAAGAAAAAAUACCAGUUCAUAAAUUCAUAACUGCACUCAAAUCUACAGGAUUACGUACAUCAGAUCCCCGAUUAAAAGAGUGCAUGGAUAUGUUAAGACUGACCCUUCAAACAACUUCGGAUGGUGUUAUGCUGGACAAAGACCUUUUUAAAAAGUGUGUACAAAGUAAUAUCGUGUUGCUUACUCAAGCUUUCAGGAGGAAGUUUGUCAUUCCAGAUUUUAUGUCAUUUACUUCACAUAUUGAUGAAUUGUAUGAAAGUGCUAAAAAACAAUCUGGAGGAAAGGUUGCUGACUAUAUUCCACAACUGGCCAAGUUCAGUCCUGACUUGUGGGGUGUGUCACUCUGCACAGUGGAUGGACAGAGGCAUUCUGUUGGCGAUACCAAAGUUCCAUUUUGUCUUCAGUCCUGUGUAAAGCCUUUGAAAUACGCUAUUGCUGUUAAUGACCUUGGCACAGAGUAUGUGCACAGAUAUGUUGGUAAAGAGCCUAGUGGACUAAGAUUCAACAAAUUGUUCCUGAAUGAAGAUGACAAGCCGCAUAACCCUAUGGUGAAUGCUGGAGCAAUUGUGGUCACGUCUUUAAUCAAGCAAGGAGCAAAUAAUGCAGAAAAAUUUGACUACGUGAUGCAAUUCAUGAAUAAAAUGGCUGGUAAUGAGUACGUUGGGUUCAGUAAUGCUACGUUCCAGUCUGAAAGGGAGAGUGGAGAUAGGAACUUUGCAAUCGGCUAUUACUUGAAAGAAAAAAAGUGCUUUCCUGAAGGCACAGAUAUGGUUGCUAUACUAGACUUCUAUUUUCAGCUUUGCUCGAUAGAAGUAACGUGUGAAUCAGCAAGUGUGAUGGCAGCAACUCUGGCUAAUGGUGGAUUUUGCCCAAUCACUGGGGAAAGAGUCCUGAGUCCCGAAGCAGUCCGGAAUACCCUCAGUUUAAUGCAUUCCUGUGGCAUGUAUGACUUUUCAGGGCAAUUUGCCUUCCACGUUGGUCUUCCUGCGAAAUCUGGAGUUGCUGGUGGGAUUCUUCUGGUCGUUCCUAACGUCAUGGGCUUGAUGUGCUGGUCACCUCCAUUGGACAAGAUGGGCAACAGCGUUAAAGGAAUUCACUUCUGUCAUGAUCUGGUUUCUUUGUGCAAUUUCCAUAACUACGAUAAUUUGAGACACUUUGCGAAAAAGCUGGAUCCUCGCAGAGAAGGUGGUGAUCAGCGGGUGAAGUCUGUGAUAAAUCUGCUGUUUGCUGCCUACACGGGGGAUGUGUCUGCACUCCGGAGAUUUGCUUUGUCAGGAAUGGAUAUGGAACAACGAGACUAUGACUCACGAACAGCCCUGCAUGUAGCAGCUGCAGAAGGACAUGUGGACGUAGUUAAAUUUCUGCUGGAAGCGUGCAAAGUGAAUCCUUUCCCCAAAGACAGGUGGAAUAACACUCCUAUGGAUGAAGCUUUACAUUUUGGACACCACGAUGUGUUUAAAAUUCUUCAAGAAUAUCAGGUCCAGUACACGCCAUCAGAGGAUUCCAACAACGGGAAGGAGAACCGGACGGUUCAUAAAAAUCUGGAUGGCUUACUAUAAUCAUCCUCAGCUAGAUCCUAAGAAUCAAAUCACUUACCUAUUUAAUUGUGGUAUGCAUAAGUAAUGAAGAGCGUGUGUGUUUCUAUCUGAUAGUGGUAUAUAUUUUACAGAAGUCUCUGUUACUUCAGUGUUAUGUUACAGGAGUUUCUAUACGCACAGGACAAAUCCAAUCUCUCUCAAAAGAAACAAAACCAACGAAGAAUCUCCCUCCAUAAUGUGAGCAAUAUUACCUCAUGCUGCAUAUAAUUGAUGUAUAAAAAUAUUUAGCUGUCGUUGGCUUUACUGUGCACUACUUAAUUUAUUUUUGUGUUCUAUGUGAACUCUAGUCCGUGGUCAGGAAUUUUUCUGCUCAGUUUUUGUUUCUAUAACCCUCUGUUUCCAGUUUGGCUGGGAUGAGCCAGAGGAUUGUUGGGCAUGAGUGUCAGUGAGGUUUUCCAAAAGCUGAGGGUGCUGACGUAGAUGUAGGCUGGGUGUGUUAAGUAAGGAUCUGCACUUAUCUUUGGGAAAAAAUAGAAUAAAACUUCCACACAACCUUGUUUACAUGAUAUAAAUAUCCACAGAGUAUAUAGGCGACAGUUGUCAAUGGUCUGGGCUUGUUCUUAGAGAUAGUCUUGUCAGGGACUCUGUUUUAAGGUUUGUUUGACCAAAUGGCAUUGGGGAAUGUGAUUUGUCAUUUCAAACUGUGUUUAGUGGGGUGUGGGGUUUUGUUGUUGUGUUUCUUCCGGUUCUUUUUGUCUCACCUCCCUCCUCUCCGUGUUCAGCUGCUAAAGCGUUUCCCCGUGGCUGGGGCAAGCGGGUGCUUCGCAGCCGUGUUCCCGCAGGUGUUCUUGCACUACAGCCUCGACAAGCCGCAAAACCCCCCUUCUGGGCUCACGGGUCGUCUUAUCGGCGGGUUGUACCGGGAACCAGAGAGGGGAACGGAAUUAAGCGAAAGGCAAAGUACUAAACCAAAUAUUACUUGUAAAUCUGACUUAAUUCAGGCUUGUGAUAAGGAACACGGCUGCAGUGAGAACAGCUUUAAGGAGCAUAGAGCCAAUCAGAGCAUGAGCAGGGCAGGAGAUAAGCCAAAUUUUGGGGGUAUGUUCCCUCCUUGCACUACUGUCAACCAGGGAGCGGGAUGUGGCAGCGGUGGGAUGGGUCCCACUGGCGUUGGGUGGGAGUUUGGCAACAGGAGCGCAAGCAGGCGAUGCCUUUUGUGGCAAACAGCGGCGUUUCUGGUGCUGCCGCGGCAGCCCGGGCAUGGGGAGUGUCAGUGCCGAUAGUCAUUGUUGGCAGAAGGACGACGUUCUGGUGGUUCCCUGUCCCACACGCAAUCGCUUCUGCUGGUGCUGUGGCAUCAAACCUCAAAAGUGAGCAGUUAAGACUUGGAUAUUCACAGAACGCCACGGGGUUUUGGGCACAGCAAGAAUUUUAGCACAAGAUUUUUAGGCGAGGGUUGUUUAGGAUGUGGAAAAGGAGACUGAGCUUGAGAAUUUUGUAUAUGGCUAUUUUUAUUCUAGCACAUAGUGUAUGAGUCAUUAGUCGCUCUCAAAAUUCAAAUUGUUUUGUUUAGACACCAAAAUCCUCCAGAAAUAAUGUCCUAAUUCUUUCUCGGAUGGCUCAAGCACUUUAUAAAGAUGAUCUGAACCACAUUAUCCCACUUUUGCAAAUGAGUCCACUAGGGCACAGAGAGAGGUGACGUCUCCGGGGUGACCCAGCAGGUCAGUGUCAUUGAGAAUAAACCGUCUUGGGCUCUGGCUCUUCACUGAGCCCUGUUGGUCACUGAGAAGCACAAGGUCUCUGCUGCACCUUGAACUCAAUUCCAACCUGUUUCCUCUGGCACCAGAUCUGUCAACUUCAGCAUAGAGGAAUGGUAGCAGAGGGAACUCCAGUUUAGUGUUCUCUAUCUCAGUGCUCAUCUGACUGCUUCUAGAUUUUAUUUUUUUUUUCCUAUUAAAAUGUAUCCUUUGGCUUCUCAGAAAAUCACCUGAUUUAACUUGAUUUAAUUGAAAUUUGCAUUGUUCAUACUGGCAUUUUUAAAAGAUAGGUAUAUUAUAUAAUACACAUAUAUACAAAAAUAAACCAAAAGGAGUCAUUUUAACUGAGUUAGCAUUAAAGAUCAUGGCUGUCCCUAAACUUAACGCUUUCCUAAAUCAUACUGAGUGCUUUUAGCUUCAGUGCAUUUCUGCUGGUUAGUUUUAGUGUUUUCUCAUUGUGAGAAGAUGCUUUAUUUUGUAAUGUCCAAUUUGGCAAUGCAGCUAUUUAGACAUGGCGUUAUUUAUAAAUAUAAAUAUAUGCAGUACAUUGGGUUGGCUGUUGAUCAUUCAUGACACUGACAUGUAGAUUUUUGCCGUAAACAGCUUUUUGGUUUUCUUAUCAAAUGCUCCAAAGAGGAUUCCCCCACUCCUUUGUUUUUAUGUCAUAUAUGUUUCUUCUGUACCACAACCUACAAAUCGUUACGCUAACUUAAUGCUUUGUACUCAGAAAUAUUGUGAUAGUCUUAGCAUUAAUUAGCCUCUCUUUGUGAACAAAAUGUAUUGUAUCAUAUUUUUUUUGCUUCGGAGCUGGGCUGUCGGUGACGAUACUUGCUGGCGGUGUAAUUCUGGUCACGGUAACGGGGCUGAUCUGGACUUUUAGAUUCUGUCUUGUGGGGAACAGACAGUGAUGAAUGUAUUUCUAGCAGUUUCCCAUGAUGAAUCUAAACUUGAGCUGUACUGGUUCUGAAAAUGAAAGUUAUUUAUUUUAAGAAAUGAAAUCCAGAUAGCAUUGCUUUUUACAGCAUAAUAAAUGGAAAUACCAA